AUGACGAAUUCCGGAACAAAACCAAUUUUAUAUUCAUACUAUCGAAGUUCAUGUUCUUAUCGAGUUCGAAUUGCAUUAAACUUAAAAAAUAUAAGUUAUUCUCAGGAAAUAGUUAAUCUUCUUAAAGGUGAAAACAAAACCGAGACUUACAAAAAAUACAAUCCAAAAGGUGAAGUUCCAGCACUUAUUAUUGAUGGAAAAACACUUGUACAAUCGGUUCCUAUUAUUGAAUAUAUUGAUGACACACAUCAAUAUAAACCUCGACUUUUACCGGAAGACUCUUAUAAACGUUAUCAGGCUCGUAUGAUUAGUGAAAUAAUUGCAUCUGGUAUUCAGCCAUUACAAAAUAAUAGUGUUCUUAAACGUGUUGGUGAAGAGAAAAAAACUGAAUGGGCACAUGAUUUUAUAAAAAAUGGACUCGAUGCCCUAGAAAAAGCUCUUGAAGAAUCAGCUGGACGUUACUGUGUAGGUGAUGAAGUUUCAAUAGCUGAUUGUUGUCUUGUACCACAAAUUUACAAUGCACGACGAUUUAAUGUUGAUUUAACACCAUAUCCUAUUAUGACAGCUAUUGAUGAAAGAUUAAGUCACAUUCCUGCAUUCAAACAAGCACAUCCAAAUCAACAACCUGAUUUUCCUGGUGAAGGAAAUUAG